GCUUAAGCUCCAUAUUUAUUUGACUGAGAUGAGCCAAACACGAGAGGAUGAUACUGCCACAGUAAUGGCACACCCAAAUGGUUCCCAGUAACCCAUUUUUUCUUCCAAACCCACCCUUUUUUCAUGCAUCACUCGAAUCCAAGAAUGGGGGUAACUGUUGGGUUGAAGGUGUUGUCUCUAGUAGCCAUAGCCUCCCUCCUUGUGUUCGAGGAGUGGGUCUCCACACCCGCAUGCAACUUGGUUGACCCCUUUGAAGAUCCCAAAUUUGAAGACGACCCUGAAAACUUGAAGGUCAUGCUUGUCGCUGACCUUCUCUUGUUGGGCUCUGAGUCUGGUUAUUUAAGCGUCUUUUUCAGGGACUACUACAUAUCCAAGUUCUUUAGGAAAUCUUUUGAAAGUUUGAAGCCUGAUUUGCUUCUUGUCUUGGGAGAUGUAUCUGCAAAAGGUUCUGAGUUGACAAGAAGCAAAUGGACGUCAGUGCUUCAGCAGUUUUACCAAAUUUUGGGCCCCUUUGUCGAUCUUCCAUUCCAUGCUGUUCUUGGUGAUAGGGAUAUUGGAGACUGCAGUGAUCUUGAUCUCAACAAAGUUAACUGGAUUUCUAGCAAAUUACCAGGAUUGGAUCCUUCUGGCUGUGGUGCAUUUGAAAUUAAUAAUAUCAGUUUUGUGACACUGAAUGCUGUGGCCUUACUCUGUGGUAACAAUAGUUUACGGUUUGGUAUUGAAAAGGUAAUAGAGAGGGAAAGUCUAGAAUUUCUCAAUGAAACAGGAGGAAUAAAUGAUUCUAUCAACACUACAGAUGCCAACUAUAACUUCAUGUGGAGGGUUCACUCCAUGCCAUCUGGAUCAGGACCUGUAAUUCUACUCCAUUUUCCUUUGAAACAAACAGGAAACCAGCGCCAAGGUGGCAUUGAUACUUUAAAGAGAUCACCUAUCUCUUUAAUUGAGGGGUUAAAUGAGGUCUCAAAACCCAGGGAGCAUAUUGGAGCUGGUCUGUACAGAUUACGUCAUACCCUUCCGCAAAAUGCUUCUGAGUACAUUUUACGAGCUCUGAAGCCAAGGAUUAUUUUCAGUGCUCACAGCCAUUCAUUUUCUGACCAUGUUCAUUUCGACCAAACUAGAGAGAUUACAGUUCCGGCAAUGUCAUGGAAUGCAAGAGAUGAUCCUGGAUUUGUGUUUGCCACAUUUCAGAAGACAGGUAGAGCAAUCAGCAUCAGCUAUUGUUCUCUCGCUAGAGAAUCUCAUAUUCUUCUUGUCUAUAUCUCUAUAAUGGUUUUGUUUUGCUUCUUUUGUUUAAAAGGAUAGUAGGAACUAUUAUGCAAACCACAGAAAGAGCAUAUCAUAGAAAGACACCACAGGCAAACAAAAAAAAGGGGGAGAAAAGAGUGUAGGGUUUGUCUAGAUACACAUUUUUUCAUCAUUAUUGAUUGUAUCAAUUUGACAAUUUUGAAGUCCAAAAUUUUUGCUACAGGCAACUAAUCCAGCUUUGAGGAUUCACCCUUCAUUAA